CACCCCUAUCCCAAAGGAGCACCCUGCGGGAGGAGGAAGACUGGCUAAUAGACUUUUUCGAAUGCAUAGAAUCUAAAAGUUUCUUAAGGAAGAAACGCCAGGUGCCUAUUUCUAAAGGUAUUAGAAGAUACUGGUGACUGCCAUAUUGUAGGCAUAAUCCAGUCAGUAUUCUGGCCCCAGAGUGAAUUCUCAUCUCAAUUUCUAGGCCCGGAAGGAAAGGAUCUGCGGAGAUGUCAGCUGGGGAUUCUUCCAGGAAGACCCUGGAAAGGGAGAGCUUCCACACAAGAUUCAGUGCCUGGACACCGUUUAGCAACAACGCAUUAAACAGACAGCUCUUUCGGGAAAGAGUUGCUCUUAUAAGUCAUUGGUUUGACCUCUGGACUAACAAGCAACGUCAAGACUUCUUAUUCGCGAUACUUCUACGAUGCACUAAAUCACAAUUAAGGUUUGUCCAUGACCAGUUUUCAGAAAGGAUGCAACUGGCCAAAGUGGAUUUCUCCACCGUGUUACCACGCUUCAUUUCUCUCUACAUCUUUUCCUUUCUCAGUCCAAAAGAUCUGUGUGCGGCUGCACAAGUCAGCUGGCCCUGGAAGUUUUUAACUGAACAGGACUGCUUAUGGAUGCCCAAAUGCGUCAAGCUGGGGUGGUUUCUGCCCUACACGCCAACGGAUGGUGAAUACGGUGCUUGGAAGCACCAUUACAUUGCCUGCGUGGCCAGCCUAGGCUGGCUGGCACCCAGGGAAGCCGCGGCUGCUCACGGGACUGAGAACGAACCCCGAGCAGAAGACGAGGAGCUUCGGGAGAGACAGAGGGAAAGGCGCCUGCGGAAAAGAGCUUGGGAGAAAAUUGCACUGCGCAAGAAGGAGUUAUUCCGAGUCCGACCCCCCUGGGCGAGCGGAACAGGCUGCUCUAGAUUGUUCGAAUCCCAAUGCCAGCCACGUCUCCCCCAGACUGUGAGGGAUCGAGUGGGGCUACAUGAAGCUCUGGAGAAACAGCGUGUCUUGGCUUCCUCAGAAGCUUUGCCCAAGUGGAGUAAUGUUCUUGGAAGACAUUCCUACCCUUUAUCAUCAAGGAAAAAUUGGCGUGAAGUUUUUAAAAAUGAUGACAGCCCUUUACAUGCUUCCCAGACACACUUCAUAUUAAUUUCAUCUCGGAUUCCUGCAUAUGAGAUGGUGGUGGACAGUGUCAGGGCAGGCGUCAUUUCUGUGGUGUACGAGCACAGUGGUGGAACCUUGGAGAACCUGCUGUAUCUCAUAGACAAGGCCCUGGAUGGGCAGAAGGCACAGAGUGUGGGAAUAUUUAGCGAUGGAGACAGCAGAGAAAUCAAUUUACUCGAAGGCUAUAAAAUUGGUAUUAAAAAUUUACUGAGGCCCGAAGUGAGAGACUUCUGGGCGAGAUUAGGAAGCUACGUGACCGCUGAAGAAGGGGGUCACGUGGACCUCUUUGUACCGCUUGGAGCAUCAGAGGCGGGUGUAGAAGUUCUUUCGCAGCUGUCUCAACUCACCGGCACUUUAUUUACUGCUCCUGCUGGGAUCGCAACUGGCUCUUACCAACACAUUCUCAGCGACUGGCUGGGACAGCAGCAGGAGAGGGGCCCCCCCUCCAUCUACUUCCUCGAGCCAAAGCUGCUGGCCUGGUGCAGCCUCGCGGACCUGCUGGAAGACGCCUUGACGUCGGUGAGGAAGCAGCUCAGGCCUCUCCUCCAGGAGCUGCCGAAGAACAUCAGUGGCAGGAUGGCAGGACAGUUCAUGUUUGACACCAUGAGUAUGACUAACAUUCUGAAUAACCAAGAGAUUGCACAAGCUCUGGCAGACGGACUGACGGAGCUUUCAAAAGAAAAUCCUGACAAACCUCUGGAAUUUUUGUCAUAUUUUCUGUUGAAGAAAUGCAGUGAAAAGAGCAAAGAUGUUGAAGGAAAUGUGAUUCUGGCAAAAUCUGACCCAAAGGCAACAUUCAAUUUACUCAUGAAGGAAAGAAAUGUUCUGGAAGACAAUCCUCAGGACACGGCACCAAGUCUCAGCAAAAAGGAUCCAAAUUUUGAGGUGCUUGUGCAGCUGGAGAGAAAGCUCCAGACGGACUUGGCCGCAAAGCGCACGAGAGUUGUGGGGGAACUCUUGCAGAGUGAGAGAAAAUACGUGCAGAUGCUGGAAAUUGUGAGAGAUGUUUACGUAACACCCCUGAAAGCAGCGCUGUCCUCAAACAGAGCAAUUCUGAGUGCUGCAAAUAUCCAGAUCAUUUUCUCUGACAUCCUGCGGAUUUUAAGUCUCAACAGGCGGUUUCUAGAUAACCUGAGAGACAGGCUACAGGAAUGGGGCCCAGCUCACGGUGUGGGAGAAAUAUUCCUAAAGUUUGGAAGCCAGUUGAACACAUACACCAAUUUCUUCAACAAUUACCCCGUUGUUCUGAAAACGAUUGAGAAGUGCAGGGAGAGGAGUCCAGCAUUCCGAGCUUUCCUGAAGAGGCGCGAGAAGACCAUAGCCACCGAAAUGCUGAGCCUGCCGGAGCUGCUCCUGCGCCCGUCCCGGAGAUUCGAGGAAUACGGUCACCUGCUCUGCGCGCUCAGGCUCCACGCUCCUGCGGAGCACGCCGACCGCGGGCCCUUGGCCACUGCCCUUGACCAAAUCAGGAAAUACCAAGGUUACAUAGAUCAGAUGAAGCAAAGCAUCAAUAUGAAAGAUCGGCUGUCAGACAUACAGAGAACCAUCUGGGGGUGCCCUGCUCUAUCUGAAGUAAACAGAUACCUAGUUAGAGUCCAAGAUGUUGCCCAACUUCAGUGCUGCGAUGAGAAAAUAAGUUUCUCUUUAAGGCUCUACGAACACACCCGCGACCUCAGCCUUUUCCUCUUCAACGACGCACUGCUUGUUUCUCGUCGGGGCACAUCUCACACGCCAUUCGAAAGGGCUUCAAAAUCAACCUACCAGUUCAUCGCAUCAGUGGCCCUCCAUAGGUUACUCAUAGAAGAUAUUCCAGACUCCAAAUAUAUCAAGAAUGCCUUCAUUCUUCAAGGUCCAAAACGUGAAUGGAUUUGUGCCACAGAAGCUGAGGAUGACAAGUUCCUGUGGUUAUCAGUACUCCAAAAUACAAUCAAAAGUACCAUGGAGAAAUGAGACUGAACUUUAAAAAAACAUCGGGGCCAAUUCUCCAGGCAAAGAUAGACAACAUGUAUUUCCUGUUCCACGAUGGCCCGUAAGGUUCCUCCUCACUUUUAAGCUUUAUUAUCUAUGCUCAUUAUGGGAAAUGUACAAUAAGAAUAAGCUGAGUCCAAGACUUUGAACCACCUCUCUUGGCAGUUCUUUUUCAUGGACAGUAUUCGAUAGAGUUACCUGACAAAACAGAACAAGUAUAUUGUGUAUUUAAAGUUUUCUUUUAUGAUCUAAUAAAACAUCAGAAUGAAAAGGGGUUCUUAAAUGGUCAGUCUAGAGAAAUACUUUAAUUUGUUGGUGAUUUACCAAUUAUCUUUAACAUUUUCAUGAAUCAUUUAAUUUAAAAAUAUGUAUAGGGAAUAUAAAUGGCAAUUUACUCAAAAACCUGUCACAUAUAUCCUAAAUAUGAAUGUAUUCUUCCAGAGAGCAUUAAAAAUAUACCACAAGUACUAAAAAGUUUUCUGUGAUUUUUAAAUGUUCUGUGGUUGCAAAAUAAACUUUUAGAUCUUCAAAAUAAAAAAGCUUUAACAUUUUGUGACAUUGUUAAAUUAAAAGGCUUUCGAAAAAAAAACCCAACUUUAAAAGAACAAAAAUAAGUGGAAGCCUACCAAAACUUACCUGUAAUGGAAUUUAGUUUAAUAAAAAUAAAGAAAUUAAGACAAAUCUAUUUCAAAAUAGAGAAACAACAAAAUAGGUGUUGAGUAGUUUUCAGCGCUGUUCUUUAAAGUCUUCAUUUAAUUAUUUAACAAACUGAAGCCAUAACCCGUUAGCUACUUGGAAGCUGUAGCUGACAUAUGUAGUAAUAAUAUUUUUACUUAGUUAAUGGUAGGUAAAAGUUGUAUUAAUCUAGGAGGCUCCUGGAUGUCAGUUUCCUUUCUGCUUCAUGUUCUCCUUUAAGGUAAUAAACUAUAUUAGUACACAAGGAUUGUGAACUAGGCUAUUUUAAACAUUUUCCUUUUUCAACAAUGAAAAUAUAAAUUUCUUCUAAUUCUUAAGAAUUUAAAUUCUUGUUAACUGUACAAAAUUUAAAAUACUGUGUUUUAUAGUAUAAAAUCAAACUUUUGAUUCUGUUAUGACAUAUCCAUGCAGCUCAACAUCUAUGAUUCCCACAGACAGAAUAAACCAUUCAAGGUUUAUUGGUCAGCAAUGAAUGCAAAUAUACAAAUCCUAUCCAAAUGUGUGUAUGUAUUGAUAUAUAAAUAUAUAUAUAUCUGAAACAAACCCUAAGACAGUAUAUCAUCCUGAAUAAGGCACACUUCAGAAACUCUGCUAAUAGGGAAAACCUGUCCACAUGGCAAAAGAGCAAGUGACAAGAUAGCUUAAGGUAAAGUAGAAAUCCUAAAGAAUUUCUGUUUAUUCUGUGAAUAAUUAAUGUCCUCAAAAAAUUUAAAACAUAUUACUUGAAAAUAAUCUCUGUAGAGGCUCAUGAGUAUAAGCUUUUAAUGGAAAGUUAAGUGCAUAAAUCAUGCAAAAAGCAUGAUGUUUGCAAGUGGAUGGUACUUACACUGCUUGUAGUUCAACACUUCCCCUUCACUUUUAGGGUAUAAUUAAGAAAGGUCUGUCUUCAGAGCUAUUUCAAAAGUUUGCUGCUGAAUUAAAAUCUCACACAAAAAUAUUU